AGAAAAGGAGAGAAAGGAAAGCGCGAGGAGACGCCGCCACCGCCACCAGCGCAGCUGUCCCAGAGCCGCGAGGAGACCGGCCGCCCGACUCCCCCCCCCUCGCCGGCCGCCGCGUCCUCGGAUUUAUUCCAACAAUCUGUUAAAACAUGGUGGAUUACUAUGAAGUUCUGGGCGUGCAGAGACAUGCCUCACCUGAGGACAUUAAAAAGGCGUAUCGGAAACAGGCACUGAAAUGGCAUCCGGACAAAAAUCCUGAAAAUAAAGAAGAAGCAGAGCGGAAAUUCAAACAAGUAGCUGAGGCCUAUGAGGUGUUAUCGGAUGCAAAAAAGCGGGACAUCUAUGACAAAUACGGCAAAGAAGGAUUAAAUGGUGGAGGAGGAGGAGGUGGAAGUCAUUUUGACAGUCCGUUUGAGUUUGGCUUCACAUUCCGGAAUCCAGAUGAUGUCUUCAGGGAAUUUUUUGGUGGAAGGGACCCAUUUUCAUUUGACCUCUUUGAAGACCCAUUUGAUGACUUCUUUGGGAACCGAAGGGGUCCCCGAGGAAGCAGAAACCGAGGUACAGGCUCGUUUUUCUCUGCCUUCAGUGGAUUUCCUCCUUUUGGAGGUGGAUUUCCUGCUUUUGAUACAGGAUUCACCCCAUUCGGCUCACUAGGGCAUGGGGGCAUCACUUCCUUCUCUUCAGCAUCAUUUGGCGGUAGCGGAAUGGGCAACUUCAAAUCAAUAUCAACUUCUACUAAGAUAGUUAAUGGCAAAAAAAUUACUACAAAGAGAAUUGUGGAGAAUGGUCAGGAAAGAGUAGAAGUUGAGGAAGACGGACAGUUAAAGUCCCUGACGAUAAAUGGUGUGCCUGACGAGAACGCCCUUGCAGAAGAAUGCCAGCGGAGAGGCCAACACACACCAGUUCUGGCCUCUGGCCCGGCCCCAGCAUCAGUCCGGGCCCCCUCCCCGGCCCGGCCCCCGACCCGGCCCCCGGCCCCAGCUCCAGCUCCAGCCCAGACUCCGGCCCCUUCUGUCAGCACCCGCCCACAGAAGCCGCCCAAGCCCUCCCCGACGGCCAAACUUGGGUCUAAAAGCUACCGGGAAGAUGAAGAGCAGGACAGGCAGCGGGGUUCUGGCAACUUGGAUGCCCCCAUGACCUCAGCAGGUGUGCAGAAGGGAGCUCGUGUGGAGCACCCCCAAAGUGGUUUGCCCCCAGACCCAGGACAGCGAGAACAGAAGUCAGGCCUGUGUUGCUGCAUUCUGACCUGAGCAGGCAUGGGGAGCUGGGGGAAGGUGCCAGGCCUACCAAGUAUGGGCAGAGGAGACCCUCCACCCAGCUCGCCUCCCACAGCUGCUCUAUGUACAGCCUAGCUGCGUGGUUCAAAGCCCCUUGAUUAAAACGGGGGUCCCAGUAUUCUGAUGUGUACGGAGUAUGUUGUCUGUGUCAAGUUGACUGCUGAGGAAAUGGCUAGGUGCUGCUUCUGUCCCCGAUGGCUCCUUUUUACAGUUUUAGUACUAGAUCUUGAGGUCUGUCACGUGACCUUACUUGCCCCAAGGCCACUCACACACUUACAGUAGCUUCACUUUCCAGACACACAAAGACACAGUCAGGUUCCCAGUAGAGUUCUCUCAGGUGAGCUACAGGUGAAGUUGGAGGCUUGGCUCCUUCCUCCCUCAGUGCUCAGGAUGGGAUCGUCCACUGUCCAGCUCUACCCUCAGCCAGCAGCUUGUAUAUCUUCAGGAGUAUUUCCUAUAGAACAUUCUGGGUGGUCAGCAUGUACACAUAGAAUUUUCCCAGUCGGGCCCAAGCCCUAUAUCAGUGUACUUUCAUUGCCCAGAAGUGAAACAAGUUUGUGCCUGUGGCCAAACAGGCCAAACUGUGGAGGAGAUGUGCCUUGGUGGUCCGUGUCUGAUUGUAUUGCAAAGUGCUCGAAGUAGGACACAGGGCAAAGGUCAAUUCCAUUGCUUCUCAGAACUUUAUAUUAAAGUCAAGCCUCCAAGCCCCUUCUGGUUCUCCUCAUAGGAGAACCCUCUAGGGUUCUAUGAGCAAAAGAACACGAAGUCCCCCAUGGGUGAGGCAUUGCUGGAACUGGGCAGCCAGCGUAUAGCAUAUACCUUGCUAUGAGGAGAUGCCAGCAAAAACAGAUGGGUGACUGGGACAUGAGCUUUGGGCAGCCGAGUGGCAGAUGGGUAGGUUUGCCUGACUGCACUAGAAAGCUUUCCUGUGCCUCGGUGACUAUGGACACCUCCCACGAUGCCUUGUUCACUCCCAGUGCUCCCAAGAGGACUGGGAGGGGUGGUGAGCGACAGAGGACAGCAGGCUUGUAGAUUUUGGCACCUCCCCAUCCCCUUCAGGUGCUGUGCCAUUAAUCUCCGGGUUUGUAGAAGGGGUACAGGGACAGGCCUGCCUGCAGAACUUGUUUACAGGUGCGCAGGCCUCCCACAGCAGGAUCUGGACAGGAAAUGGGACUGCAGCAGAUGGCCAUUCUCUUGGCCCUGGGCCACGCCUGCUAAGCAAAAGGUGAUCAGCCAAGGCUGAAGAAUCUGGAGACAGUAGAGUUGAGUAGUGAGAUCAGCAAAUCACUCUCCCCUGUCGCUUUGUCAGUGCUGAUCCAGACCUUUUCUGUGUGUGUGUGUGUUGAGGGGAGGGAGUGAACUCGUGAGCUUGUGGAUUCCUGUAGAAAUUCUUGGCCUGAGAGGCUGGAAAAGCUGUGAAUGAGCUGUGAAUGGUGGUCUCCCUGUAUAUUCCAAGUCUGGAGUCAGGAGCAUCCGCCCACAUGGCUCUGAGUGUAGCCAGUGCUUCCUCUGCUCUGUCCCUUUGCUCCUCAUGUUUUUAAGGAACCAUGCUUUCAUAUAGAAAAGGUUGUGCACAACCCUUCACUUAACCUCUAUAGAAAAGCAUGUGAGCAACCCUUCACGUAACCUCUAUAGACAAGCUUGUGAGCAACCACCCCUUCACUUACCUUCUCACUCCGAAAUGAUGACUCAUUUUGAAGUGGGGUUCUCCAAAUUGCCACCUGAGCUAUAUGAGAGCUUGGCUUAACAACAAAGUGAAAACAAAACCCGUUGGGAGGGACAUUAGAAACUUAGCUACGAUACAAAAGUGGUUUCUGGUUUCUACAGCGACAAAGCUGUAAUCUAUCUCUGGGCAACAUAGCUUGCUCUGUACUGCAAGGCACUGUCCUCUAGGCAACACAGAAGCCUUUGCAAAGUCUGAUGCUCUGCUGUUGUGAUCAGGGGGACCAAGAACAGACCUUUCCUUUUAAAAUUCUGAGAGCCAUGUUGAAGAUUUAAGAUGGUCUGGGCCAGGCUUCCUGUACUUCUUGACCCAGUGCAGCCUUCGAUGGUUUUGCCGUUAUUAUUGGUUUUGAUUGGAUUUACAAGUCUUGGGCAAAUUUUCCUUAAAAAAAAAAAAAAAAA